AUGACUGACGAGGACCAAAGGGCCCUGGCGGUCCAAACGGUCGCGGCCGUGUUUAUGCCAGUGGCUUGUGUGGCGGUAAUACUGCGCUGCUAUGUGCGUGGAUUUUUGGUGAAAGGGUUUGGAUGGGAUGAUGGGGCGAUGGUAUUCGCAAUGUUGUUUUACAUCAUGUUCUCGGCGUGUAUGAUCGGCGGUACUCUAUAUGGCACUGGUCGGAAGUUUAUCAAUCUCACGGCACAUCAGCGCGUGACAGCUAUGGAGUACUGGUGGCUUUGCGAAGUUGCAUAUUGUUUUGCAUCUAUUGGGUGCAAGAUCUCCAUUUGUGUAUUCCUCAUGAGAAUCACGGUGAAGAGGAGUCAUAUCUGGACUCUCUAUAUUGUCAUGAUCCUUACAGUCCUUGCAGGGCUGGUGUUCUUUUUCCUGAUGCUUCUGCAAUGCAAGCCGCUCUCCUACUUCUGGUGGAGAACGGCAGAGGAUCCUACGAUUGAAGGAUACUGUAUCAACAUCAACAUCAUCAUUAUCAUGACAUAUGUUUACAGUGUUUUUGCUGCGGCUUGUGAUUUUACCGUUGGAAUUUUGCCGAUUUUCCUUGUCCGAAAAUUGCACAUGAAGCGAGAGGCAAAGAUGGCUGUCAUAGGAAUCCUGAGCAUGGCCUGCAUUGCUUCAUCUGCGGUUAUCAUCCGCUUCCCUUUCGUAUCAACAUUUGGGGAUCCUGAUUUUCUCUACGCCACCUACCAAAUUGCUAUUUGGUCGAACAUCGAAGCUGGACUCGGUAUCACCGCCGGCAGCCUUGCAACCCUCCGUCCCCUUCUCCGUCAUUGGCUCGGCUCGCGAAACGAUUCUCGUUACCCGUCUGGCUUCCCAGGGGAAUCUUCCGCCCAUCGAGCUAGACGAAGCAAUUCCCGAGGCAUGCCUCUUGGGUCAUUAGAAGGGAGCGCGCGCGGAGGUCUGAGACCAGAUAAACUGGCCGUAAUGGUUACAAACAUCGAAAGCCAGAGGGAUACAGAAAACACUUGGGUGGGGCCUUCAAGCCCAAAUAGCAGUGAAGAGAGGUUGACUGUGAACCAAUCAUCGCUGCCAACCCCCAAAAAAUUCGAAGUGGGUGUUCAUCAGACAUUUGAAGUCACUCAAGCACCAGCAGAGGGGGAUGACGCAUACGGGUCUCACCCUAUGGCGAGGGAACAUGUAUAA